GAGAAAAUGAAUACUUAUAAAAACUGUUAAAGCUAUUCAGAUUUAGUAUGACUUAACAGUAAAAACGAUACAUAUGUCCAGGAACAGUGGUGCCAUUUGUAUUUUUGAAUUGAAAUACAAAAUUCAUCAAGAUUGCUAGCUCAAGAGAUCUACAAAUGUUGAACCCAGCAAGUGUCCCGUUUCCUGCGAGGCUGCAAGUGGACUUCCAUCUAUGCGAUUGUGUUAGCCAGCAGUGUAACAAACGAUGAUGGCGAUUAACAUACAAGCAGAGCUGGUAAAUUAUCGGAGAACAACAAGAAACAUAUAUAACUGAAUCUAGAGCUCUGUUAAUGUUCCGAGACUGUCCUGAGGAAAAGGUCCAUUCUCUUGACUGUUUGGUUUUCCGUCAUCGAAAAAAACAAAAAAUAUACUCUGGAUAGCCAACUACUCCAUAGUUUGAUGUAGGAUAUCGCUAAUUUCAUCUGGAAUCGGUUGGCAAUCCAAUUCACUGGACCUCACAACGCCUGCCAUGAACCGCUUCUGGGUUUGAAGCCAGUUGGGAGGCUAUCAGAAAUAGUAAAAUUCUUUUUUAAAUAUAGUAGUAAUAAAGAUGAAUUGAAACUGGCAUGAACGGAGAAGAUACUGGAUACUCCCAUGGCAUAGAGCCACGCUUUAAAACUGAACCCCAAAUCCCCCGACUUCUCAGACCAAUGAGAGUGCGAGACUCAAAGUCGGAAGAGGCAGCAUGGGACGACUGAAGAUUCUGAUUUCCGAGCUUAGUUGCUUCCUAUGAUAUUCUUCUCGAGCCCCAACCCUCCUGGCUUCUUCUUUUUUAUAGAGACGGAGCCAGACACAGAGUACAAGAUGCUUCUGACAAAGAUUUUCCAGCUGAUAUAAACGAUCACCUUUUGAGAAAAAUCAGUUACAACUGUUGUCCGUAUGUGUUUCCUGUCCUCAUGAAUGGUGGAAUCACUGGACCCUUUUUAUUAUACAAAGGCAGUUGCACUUGCAGAGGUUUCUCAGCAGCCAGCAGUCAUCACUGUUCAAAACUUGGACGCCAUUGACGUCUGAGAACACUCACAUGGAAGCUCCGGAGAUCUCACUCCAAUGGUUAAGGCCACUUGUAGAAUCCAAGACUUGGGAUUACUGUGUUGUUUGGAAAUUGGGCAGUGACCCUUCAAGGUUCAUUGAGCUGGUGGGGUGUUGCUGUUCAGGUGCAUAUGGGAUUCUUGGCAAUGUCAAGGAAGAAGAUAGAAUGGAGCAGGGGUUGGCUCAUUUGUGCAGGGAUGUUCAUAUUCAGCACCGUGUCUCAACAAUGGCUUGUCAAGCACUUGCUGCUUUUCCUCAUUCAAUUUCCUUGUAUUCUGGGAGUAGAGGAGAAGUAGUAAUGAUGAACGAAACCCAAUGGUUAAUCCAUGGAGAUCCAUCAGGUUCAAAGCCUUCAGAUGACUUUAUUACUGGCACUCGGGUUUUGAUCCCCGUCGUCGGUGGUCUAGUUGAGCUCUACAAUUCAAGGCUGAUUCCAAAGGAUCAGAAGACAAUAGAGUUUGUUCGCAAUAGGUUCAAGAUCUAUGUACAAGGCGGCGUGAAUGGAAAGCAGUCAAAGCACCUUUACAAUACAAGAAAAGAACAUAAAGAUCUCCAUGAAAUUCCUAAUCAGUGUCCAAGUAGCUGUUUGGCUCCUCUUCAUCUUGGUUCACACUAUCUUUCUCAAACACCUGAACCCUAUAGUGGCCCAUGCUUACAAGGAUCAUCUACUGGCUCUACUCCUGCAACUACUGAACUCACUCAAUGUGAUUCACCAUUUGACCAGUCGGUGGACCUGUUCGAGAAGAAGCUCAAUUUGCACUUCAAUCGAUUUCCUGCCACAAUGAAAAGCAAUGGUUCUUCACCGAGUUGCAUUAACAAUGACAUUGCUAAAAAAAGGCAAAGAGGACAACACUGUGCGAAGAAUCUUGUGACAGAGAGAAAAAGAAGAAACAAAAUCAAAGAUGGGCUCUAUGCUCUAAGGGCUAUAGUUCCUAAGAUCACCAAGAUGGACAUGGCUUCAAUAGUUGGAGAUGCUAUUAAUUACAUAAUGGAACUUCAGGAGAGCUUGAAUGAACUUGAGAAUGAGCUCAAUCAAAUUGAUGCAGAAGAUGUCAUUCAGGAAAGAGACAAACCUAUGACCCCUGAGAAAAGACGGAGUCCAUGCAACAUCAAUAACAAGGUCCAUGUGGAGGUAAACCAGAUUAGCACAAGUGUUUUCAUGCUUAGAUUCAUGGGAAAACAUUGCAGGGGUCAAUUCUCAAGGAUGAUGGAAAUUAUGGAUUCUCUAGGACUUCAAGUACUUGAAGCUAAUGUUACCACAUUUAAUGGAUUGGUCUUAAGCGUCUUCAGAGUCGAGGAUCAAGCAGAUGGAGCAUACGAUUCAGAAAAGCUAGAAUAUGUGUUGGUUCAGCUAACAAAUUGGGAGUGCUAAACAGUGUACAACAACUGAUUUGCAAAUCAAAGAAUACCUCUCUAGUUCAAACUGCAUGUCCAAUGCACAUCACGCAUUUGGUCUGAUUUAUCCCUUGCAUAAAUAUUAGUAUGUUAGUAGUUUUCGAAGUACAUAUGAUGUUAUAUAGAUUGAGUUCAUCUGUGGAUGUUAAGGAAGAAGAAAAGACAAACUUCUUUGGCAGUUCACAGGCUUACUCCCUUUGCUUAUCAUAAGGCAUAUGUCUUCGGUGACCAUUCUUGAUCAAGUACAUGAUUUCCAGCAGAAAACAAACUGCUCUUAUUGGUCAUAGCUAAAUGUCAUUUAGGGGCUGUUUACCUGAGACUUAAUGGACUUAAUUGAUGACUUAAGGAU